UCUCUUUUCCUCUCAUCCGCAAACGGACAUGCCAACGUUGUCGAAUAUCUUCUCCAACAUGCCCUUCUAGACCUCAACGGGGCAGACAAGAACUCCUGGACUUCCUUGCACUGGGCAUGUCGAAAUGAACACCACGACGUUGUGAAGCUUCUUAUUACCUACGGUGCAACUGUCGAUGCCCACGACAGUGACGGAAGAACUCCACUCAAUCGUGCUGUGCGAAUUGGAGACCUUGAAAUCGUCCAGACGCUCCUGCAGGCUGGCGCAAGCCCAGUUAGCCGUGAUUCAAGUGGGUUAUCCCUUACCCACUUUGCCUCAGCAGGGGGCUUCACCGAAGUGUUGAGUCUUCUCCUUGGGUUAGGAGUGGAUCCAAAUGACGGAGAG